AUGAAGGGCAUGAAAGAGGCGGUGGUUUGCCCCAAGCCCCGUCGUGUCGGCCUGAUCCAAGCUGCCACCGCCUUUAAUGGCCCUCCCACCGGACCUCUGAGAUGGCAUUCAAGCCAUCAACUGGAGGCUUGUGAUGCUAAGGCUGGAAAUGAAUUGCUGGAUAUCAUCUUUGCUAAGGGUGGUUUUGGUGCUGAUCAAUCUGUUGCACAGGUAGCCUCGUCGCCCCCAUUUUUUUCAGGGUCACCGCCUAUUAGAGUAUCUAACCCACUAAUUCAAGACGCUCGAUUUGGGGAUGAGAAGGUCACUCCGGUUUCCCCACGAGCAAUCCCAACCCCAUCUGGGCUGGCAUCGUCCCCAUCCUCCACCCGUAAAGUUGGUUGUGUUCGGGCUAAUUUUGGUAACAGUCCAGCCGUGAGGAUUGAGGGUUUUGACUGCCUCGACAGGGAUAGGCGCAACUGCAGCAUCCCUGCCCUGGCUUAG